AAAUAGCAAAUUCGUUUUUAUAAUUCAUAUCGAAAAUGUUACUCAUAAAAUAAAUCUUUCAAAUAGAACAAAAUCUAUCCAAAAUUGCCAAUAAAAUGAAUAUCCAAUAAACAAAUAUAAUAAAUAAACUAUUCAAUAAAUUACUAAAAGUGCAGUUAAUUCGAAUGGAAAACAAUAUAUUUGUAAAUUUAUAUUUUUCACUUAUGCUAGCCAACAACUACAUAAGGCAAAAAAGUACUAUUCACUAGCAGAAGCAGCCAGUGAGCCAUCAUCAGUAAACACAGUGCAAGUGUACAAAAAAAGAAGAAAAAAAAUUAUCAUUAAUUUAUAUUUUCUGAUAUAUUUUAUGUGUUUUAAUAUCUUCUGUCCUCUGCGCUGUAGAAAUAAAAACAUAGUUUAAACAAAUGAAAUGUUGAUCAGUUUUCAAGAAAAAAAAAACAAAAAUAAUUGAUAAAGUUAUUAUAAUCUCGUAAGCGUAGUUUUUUUUGUUUGUUUUAUUUUUUAAUAUUUAGAAUUGCCAAGAGAGUGAGUCGAGUCAUACUCCGCCCCCGCUUCUAGAGUUUCCCAACAUCAAUUUUUUUUUUCAAUUUUAUCUUUUUAUGGUACAACGAAUGUACCAUCGCCAAUCGACUGUUAUUUUGUUUCCAUCAUCGGUUAAUUUGCGCAUAUUUAAUGAGCUGCAUUCCGAAAUAGAAAUAGACUAAAAGCAUUUAUUGAAAAUAAAAUAAAAAAUCGACGAAGAACGACGACGGGAAAUGAGUUGGCUGCGUUCCAGCCCUUUGCGGCAGAGUCUAACACGAAAUGGGAGCAGUUCAUCUGCAACAACGGCCACAGCAUCGAUAUCCAGCGGCGGCAAUGGUGGCAACAACAGCCUCUCCACAACAUCAUUAUCUAGCCUAAAUAAGCAGCGGCCCAUCGACACAGCAACAGACUGUGAUCCAAGAGCGUGCUAUGAUAGUUUUUGCAAGCAUUGGCAGCAAGCGUACGAGAUAAUACAAAGGGCGGACAAUCAAAAGGCACCAACACACGAUGAUGUUCUUGGGGUCGUUUCUCAUCUGGAUUACAUGGUAACACUACUUCUUGUAGAACUUCAUCACUGCAAUAAAAUAUCGCUGCCAAGUGCAAAUUCAAAUCCUCCAGCGCCAUGUUUGGAGUUUUUACUAAGUGAAAAUUUACUGGACAAAUUAUACGAAUGGGGAAUAAUAACAGGACGUUAUUCCAAUGCAGUUCGUUUAGAACAACUUAAGCUCUAUGAAUUGCUAGUUAGCCAUUCAAGACAUCAACUUUUAUGUCACGAACCAUUCUUGCGACCGCUAUUAAAAAUUCUUGAUUCAAGUCAAGGAGAAAUAUUCCCUCCUGAUUUAGAAAAAAGAUUAGUUAUUCUAUUGAACCAAUUGUGUGUUGUUCUAAUGCAAAAUGUUCAUCUAUUGGAUUUGUUCUUUUUUUCCUCAGAACAGCACAAACAGGGACAAUAUAGUACAAACUUUAUUAUAUUUUCACUUCUAAUACCGUAUGUACAUCGAGAGGGUAGUCUUGGUCAUCAGGCACGUGAUGCACUCCUCCUGUGCAUGGCACUCUCUCAAAAAAACUCAAACAUUGGAACAUACAUUGCACAAUACUCGUCCAUGUGCCCAUUACUGGUUACCGGUCUGGGAGGUCUCUAUUCACGAUUGCCAAAUUCAAUAGAGAUCAAUACAAGUGACUGGCAUCGUAUUACGCCCGAUGAUGUCACCGAAAUACCUGAACUUACACUUUUUAUGAAUGCAUUGGAAUUUUGCAAUGCAGUCGUUCAAGUGGCACACGAUUUGAUAAAGAAUCAAUUAUUGGAUUUUAUGUAUCAAGGUUUUAUUGUACCUGUAUUAGGACCAGCGAUAUUGCAGACAUUCAAAGGCAAACAUUUGCAGACAAACGUCGAGUCACAAAUUUCAGCAAUGUCCUACUUGGAUUUAAUCCUGCGGUCCGUGACCGAACCUGGGCUAUUACGAGCUUUUGUUAAAUUUCUAUUGGAUGAAGAAAAAUUCGAUGGUCAACGGAUUAUAGACACACUUAUUGAGAGGCUAAGUGCCAGUGAUUCAAAUCUAUGCAUGGUGGCAAUGUCAUUGUUUGAAACUCUACUGAGUCUACACUGUGAAGACAUCAUGCUGGAAUUAUUAUUAAAAUACUUGCUACCUGGCAAGCAUGUUCCAAUAUCAUAUCGUCACAAAAUCAACAAAAUCGAUCCAUACACAAACACUUCUGACUUUUUCCUCGAUCUUACUCCCGAAGUAAUGAAACGGGCCAGAGAACUUAAGCAUAAGCCAAGUUCGAUGGAAGGAACAUCUACCAAUGAUUCACCUUCCAGACAAUCAAUGAGCAAAACAAUUGGAGCAAAUUGGAAUUAUUAUGGUCUACAUACAGGCGACACAUUGUACUCAAAUUAUCAUGCGUAUUUGUUUGACGCACACUACAAAAUUGCACAAUCUCGGGCUGCCUGCAAUAGAUGGGCAAAUACGUACAAGUAUCAAAAGUGGCCACCUAGGCAAAAAGCUAAUGGCCAAACAAUUGAACGAAUCAAUGAGAUGGUGAGAAAUUUUUUCAGUGAGUUUAGUUGCAGUCCGCUGCAAUAUAUAGGCGAUGCAUCGAAUGCAUUGCUUGACAGUGAUAAAAACAAAUACGAUAGUUUGCAAUCGAUUGGAGAGUCUAGUGGAUAUGAAUCAUUUAAAUGGCGACCGGAUGACGAUCAUGAUAGUGGUGAAGUAGUUGCAGUUGCGCUGGAAGUUGAUGCCGAUAGUGGGACAAAGGUGAAAGCAACUUGGAGGUUAACAAGCCGCAGAGAUUUGGUAAUAACUGAUUUGGAUUUCUCAGAAGAUUUGUUUGCUCAAGGGACAGUCACAUUGGGUCCAUUUUUGAAUGCUGUCUGGGGAAAAUUGCAAACUUUUACCAGCAAUACUCUGUAUGUUAACCUUCAUCUAACAGGGCUUAUUACACGACUAGCUUUGUACCCGUUGCCUCUUACACAAUCUGUCUUACUACGACCAGAUAUUGUGACAACCUCAGAUACACCUUCUUUUCAUCAAGUUUUGCGUAUUCUUAAACAGCAAAUCGAUGCUGAACUACCAGUUACAGAAGAUUCCCUUGAAAUAAUCGAUGUAGCACGAUCAUAUCUGAUUGAUCGUGAGUUUAGAUUAAUCAAUGCUCGUAAAGUUGUCAGCGAUAGCGGAAUGAAAAAUGGUCAGCGUAAUAGUUUACAGCCGACAUCGACUUUUGCUAACAUAUCGUCAUCAUCACCGGUCCAAGUGACACCGUCGUCAUCAUAUGACCCUUUUAGACGGGCAGACAAUAAGCGUAAAAGCUUCACAACAUCGAUCUCCAAUAUGUUUGGUCGUAAACCAAAUGCUUCAUCUGGCUUAUCACAAAUAUACGCAUUCUUCACUGGUUCAACUUUCUCAAAUGCUGCUCAGUCCCUAAGUUCUUCUACUCAUUCCUUAGCCUCUCAAUCCCAAUCUAAUUCCAUAUCCUCGAAUCAAAUGAACAGUAUUCCAUUGCGGGAGUCUACCCCAACUAGUGGCUCAACAACCCCAAACACAGGAGGAUCUAACAACAAUUCAAAUGCAACAAUAUCAAAUUCAUUAAUACCAUCGACAAUUGGUGGAAAUAAUAUGGAGCCAGCAUCGCUUGAUUCGAUUUCUUCUAUGUCAUCGACAAUGGGUGCAAUUGCUAAUUCAAGUGGAACCGAACGCACUCGUGAUCUAUCUCUGUGUGCUGUACUCCUCGAUGAGUGGCUUAAAGAACUUUCGGCAAUAUCCCAGGAACAAUCUAUUGUAAUGAUCAGCGAUACUAAUCUGUGAUGUAUGAAAAUAUUUCAGAAACGUUUUCAAAAUCAAUUGGACAGGGGAUAAAA